AUGUAUUCAGUCUUAUUUUACAUCGUUCCAGUAUUGUACUGUUUUUCAUUUGCUGCAACAGAAUGGAUAUCGAGUGAUAAUACAAUAAAACGAUCAUCAUCGGUUUCCGGAAUAUUAGUAAUGUGUUAUGAUGAUGAGGAAACUUGCAUGAAGGAAUGCUUUUUCACAUGCCAUUCAACUGAUCAUUGUAAUGAUUCAUUGUCACCAAAAGUUGCAUGUUUUCCUCAUUUAAGUUUGAUAGUAUUGAUGACAUUUGCAUUUAUCUUAUUUGUUGUAUGCUGUUGCUGUUGUAUUUGUAUAGUUGGUCCAGUUUUAUUGUGUUACAAAAGUUUACAAAAAUGGCAAAGAAAACGGAGGAAUAGACGGAUGUUUGUUUGA